CAGGUGCACUUUGACGGAUACGGUGGGCCCCACAGGGUCUCUUGUCCUCCAGUGCACGCCCAACGAAAACUACGACGAUUUGAGGAGAGCAAGAAAGGAGGGCGAUGGAUCGGAGCUAAAUAUUUGGUAAUAGAGAGAGAAUUGGGGGCGGAGGCGACUCUGAAUCCAAGAAGAAAACACGUAUUUGAUUGGAUUCGGGAGGCGUUGAGUCUGCUGAGGUUCUAUUCAUCAUUGGAGAUUUCUUUCUGAGAAGCGAAGAUAAAGAGACGUUUCCAUGCCGGCACAUGCGAGCCAGAAGGUGCUGAGACGACGCGGGAGCAGCAGCAGCAGCAGCUGGUGAUCGCGACCCUUGUUUGCGCUCUUCGCCCUUCCCGUGUGUCCCUCUCGUCCUCUUUUUAUAUCUCCGCCUCCCUCGCCCUCUCAUAGCACACGCAGAUCGAGCAGAGGAGUCGUUGUUGGGAGAGGAGGAGAUCGAAGGGUAAAAGGGCCGAUGGAAGACGACAACUGUUCUCCUUCGUUCACGUCGCAAGCGGAUGAGGUUCCCGGGCGGAAGGGCGCGAAUCCCUCGUCAUCGUCCCCCGGCUAUUUCAGCACCGUCAUCCCUCCUGCUUCCGCGGUGAUUGCAAAGGAUCUAUCACAUUCUGACUUUUGCUGGACCUUGAACAAGCAGAGAAACGAAGGUGGCAGUGCGGGCGCUCAGAGAGCAACGUCAGAUUGCAAAUCGCAAGGCUGUCCAACUAAAAGACAAGUCACCAAGAACAAAGAUGAGAAAUCAGUCCAUCCCAAUGAAUCUGUAGAGUCACCAUGUUUCGGAUCAUCUGUGCAUUAUGGUGGUAGAGACUUCUACAUGAGCUCUUUGUCCAUGCAGACCACUGAAACUUCAGAAAGUUAUAAAACUGAUGAUGGAGUUGACUGGGGCAAUAGGCAUGCUGCUGACAGAGGUGACUGGUGGCAAGGUUCACUUUACUAUUGAAGAGGCAAGAUCAGUUUGCUCUCUGUUUGUAUAGAGAAGUUCCUUUGUGAUGCUGGUAUGUGUCCGGGAAGCUACAAAACUUGUUGAUUGUCCCAGUAGUCAUGCAUAAUGUGGUGAGACGGUAUGCUUUCAGCCCAUGAAGUUGAUUUUUCUUUUAUAAUCUGUAGGCUGGAGAUUAGUAGACUAUUAACGUACAAGUGAAAGAGCAGACUUGUCUAGUUAUUUGGCUGUGCUAAAUGUGGACUUGUGUGGUUUAUCUAUUUUGUGUUCUGAGAUUGAUGUAGUUAGUAUACAGUAGUAUCAGGCCCUCACCUCCAACUUUAUUGCACCGAGGAUGCAGGGUUGCUCUGUAAUAUUAUCGUAUUAUGAAAUAAAUAUAAACGUUUUUGUUUA